UCGUGUCACAUGACCUUGUAAAGAUGGCGGCCUCCGUGCUGUGCAGGAGGACAGCUUCGUUAUGGGGUGUGUUUCGAAGCAUUUCGUCCCAAAAUACCCUAACACCCGAGUUCACUAGAUGUGGGUCCUUCUUGCAAGUCGCCGCCUAUAACCCCAAGCCCUUAAAACUCAACUUGAAGGACCCUUACAUUCCGGAUCGAGACAGCGAGAAGACUCCGGAGUGGCAGAAAUCCGAGAAGUAUGACCGCAAGCUGUUCGCCCGCUACGGGUCGGCUUCGGGGGUCGACGCGGCGAAACUGUGGCCGAGCCCCGAAAAGCUGAAGGAGAUAAUAGCUGAGGAGCAGGAGUGGAACCCGUCGCUGCAGGAGAUGCUGAACAACAUCGCCAGCAGAGAGAAGGAGAGAGCUAGGAUACUUCAGGCGAGAGAGAAGCUCAUCGCCGCCAACAUGGCCAAGAUGCCGCAGAUGGUGGCGGACUGGCGGCGGGACGUGCGGACGCUGAAACAGAAGCAGCGGGAAGACAAGGCCCGGCGGGACCGGCUGCUGGCGGAGGCGAGGGAGCGGUUCGGCUACGCGCUCGACCCCCGCAGCCCCAAGUUCCAGGAGAUGGUGAAAGAGAUUGAGAAGGAGGAGAAGAAGAAGAAGAAACUGCUGAAAAGGAGGAGAAAAGAGGAAGACGCGCGAGCGACGGAGGUUUCAGGAACGUCCGAGCCCGCCUGAAUUUUGGCCUGACGCUCAAAGCGGACUUGAGGGUUUUUUUUUAAUGAGCUAGAGCUUUGAGAACACAACUGAAUCAAGUGAGGCGCAAACAAGGACAUUUUCUGAGAAGUUCAGUUUCACUUACCAGUUUUCACCCCAUCACUUGUAUAAAACAUUUUGCUGCGACACAUUAAGGCUGCUGUAUACAAACAGCACUAACGUAAGGUAGAAAAAAAAACAAAUAAAAUAAUAUUGAUUACUUUCUUUA